AUGUUGAACAUCUCGCCGACUCUCCUGCUGGCUCUGACCGCGGUGGCCGCACUUCUCUCGCCAUGCCGAGGCUGGAGCGACGAGGACCUCCUCCUGCCGCCCAUCAACUCCUCCAACAGGUUCCUGGCCAACCUGGAGGUGGACGUGCGCUUCUCCAAGAGGUCCGUGGAGGAGAGCGACGCCCCGCCCGAAGCCUCCCCGCUGCAGAGCCUCGCUCCAUCGCAGUCCCAGUGCAACGUGACGGUCCACAGGCUGCUGCCCACCUCGCUGGUGGCCCGCUGGGACAGCGGCUUCGGCUUCCAGUGUGACGUGCUGGUCUACACCACCAACAACCACGGCAGGGCGUUCUUCUCCGCCUCCUUCAACCGGGCCAUCUCCCCCGUGGUGAUCGAGCACCUCGGGGUGACCGGGGGUCAGCAGGAGAUGAGGCUGUGCGUGGGUUGCGGGAUGUCCCGGUACCGCCGCUUCGGCCAGGGCAGGUCGCGGGGACAGCAGAGCGGGGAUCAGGUGGCCUUCUGCUGCGUGGAUUUCAGCCUGGACGAGCUGAAGGGGGACAAAAGUUGGAGGCUGAACAGGAAGCCCAUCGAGUCGACGCUCGUGGCUUGCUUCAUGACUCUGGUGAUCAUCGUGUGGAGUGUUGCUGCUCUCAUAUGGCCGGUGCCGAUCAUUGCAGGAUUCCUGCCUAACGGGAUGGAGCAGAGGAGACCCAGAUAACUGAGAAACCCACGACACCAAAAGGGCUACUCCGCUGCGUUUAACGACUACCUUUGACCCAAACCCCUCCGCAGUUAGAAAGCUAAACACUAACAAUGGUCAAACUUGACCUAGAUUAUUUGAAAUUCAUGAAAUCUCAUGAAAGAGCAAUUUUAAGGCUCAUUUGAGCCAAGAACGCCUCAGAAGGAGUGCAGUUUAAUAAUAUGCUUACCUAGACAGGCCAAACUUGGACAGAACAAUCCUAGUCUUAUGACAUAUUCUAUAAAAUUUUGGUUGUUAGUUGUGAAAUCUGUAUUCAAUAUGCAAAAACUAAAACGUGGAUUUUAGUCUUUAGUUUGUCUUGGGUGGAUCCACAUUACAUGGAGUGCGUCCUAAAAAGCACAUAACCCAAAUCGACUGAAACCGACACGAAUAUAAAAGUAGAACUAUAUAAAUGGCCCAGUGAAUAAACUAACACGCUUAAAAUUUAACCAGUUAAUUAAGAAUAUAUAUA